AUGAGCGUCCCUCCAGCCAGCAAGCGAGCCCGCACUGACGACACCACCUCCCCAGCAUUCCCUUCUGCAGGUCCAACUUUACAAUCAAUAUCUACGAUCCCUGCCUCUGCCGCUUAUGCCCUCCUCCACCAGCUCUCCCAAUCCUCACCCGACAUCUCCGCUCUCAUCAGCGCCACCAUAGCCAAACACGCCCCGGACAUUGCGGGGACCGUCAAUUCCACCCGGCGUUCCGGCGGGGGCGCCCAACAGCGCGCGGCGGAGCAAAUCGAGCAGGACAUUGAGCGGGGAGUCAAGGAGGUACUGGCCGGGUGCAAGGCGUCUGAUGUCUACGCUACGCGUCUCUCUGCGUUCGAGACGUUGAUUGGGAUGGGGACGAUCAUCGCGCAGGCGGGGGGAGUGGGGCGGAUAUUGGCGAUGCGAGGUGCGCCGGACACGAUUGCGGACGCGAUGAGCGCGUUGUAUGACUUGAUUGAGGAGAAGGGGGAGGCAGACCGGCUGGUCAGAGAUGGGAUGGCUCAUCAGCUGGAUGAUCUGAGCUCGCUGUGCAUGGGGAACGACGAUACUUGGUAUUUGUCCAUAGCGGCAAGGGUGAAUGGGGACGAGGACGCCGUCUACGAAUGA